AUUUCAGAGAAGCCAAUUUUGUGAUAACGCUGCAGCUGUGUGACCAGAUAUCCAUUUAGCUAAUAACUAUUAAGGAAAAAUAUAAGAAAGAUUGUCAUCUCUCUUUUUGUAAAAGUCUGGAAACUAAAACUUAUAAGAGAUGAGGUCAACUAGAAGCCGCGAGAAUGGGAGACAGAGGCAAAAGGCGAACAUGGAACACAUUGACAAGGAUAAGGAAGACAACGCAGAAUGUAACAAACUAAACUUUAACGAACAAACCCCUCUACCGUGGUCUACUGUUUCUGCAGGUGGAGACAAGCAACAAGCUACAAGUAAUAAAAUGACAAGUUCAGAGGGUAGUUUAGCUAGUGUCCAAUUGCUUGAACAACAGAAGAAACGAAUUGAGCAGUUGGAAAAAGACUUGGAUGAUGCAAGGGUGGAAAUUGAGAAACUUCGAUUGUACAAUAGACAGCUUGCUCUGAGCCUAACAUCACUUCAUCGACACGGACUAGAUAGUUCUAAAUUUGAAAACGGCUCCUCUUCUUUUGUUCAACAGUCGGCAAUCACCUAUCAACAUGGAAAUUCCGACGUUUGUGGUCCUCUGGACUCAACCAAUGCGUAUGAUACAUCUUCAAACAAUGAUAGGGUUACUCGUAACUAUCAGGAGCAACAUGAAGGUUGGGAAAUAACAAGUAAACAAGAAAAGAAAGCUCAAAGUCGUUACUGGACAGCAGAGGAGCACAUGCGUUUUCUUGAAGGUUUGGCAAGAUUUGGUCAUAAAGACAUGAAAGCCAUCGCCCGAUUUGUUGGAACUCGAAAUGCCACUCAAGUUCGAACACAUGCGCAGAAGUAUUACUUGAAACUAGCAAGAGAAGCAGCCAAGAGACAGGAACUACAACAUAGCCAACUCCAACCUGGAUUUGGAAAUGGAUCCUCAGAUGAACGAAGAAGUUGCAUAUCUGCUCCAGGAACACCGUCUUGUCGAACUUCGAUUGGAAAGAGGAAUAUGAAUGGUGAUGAUUAUAGCUUCUCUCUUGAAAGUUACAAAUCUGCAAGACUGGAGAAUGAAAUGCUGUCUUCUGAUGCUCUCAAGAGUGGGGAUUUCAGUGAAAGAGAUCAGGAUAUUACAAAGAGAAUGAACUGGUUUUCAAAUGCCACAGUAUUUCGUACUAUGAGUCUCGACCAAGAUUCCAGUGGAGGAGAGUUGAGUACCACUUCUGAAGGAAUUUCAGAACCUAGAAACGUUUCAAAUGAUCUGAUCCAUGCAAGCCACUACAGAGUAGGAACUUCUGAACUCUUAUUGGAAAGGGAAGGAAGGUCAUCUUAUGUUGACUUGUAUCAAAGAAAGCAAGAAAAAGAGACAAAUAGUGACAGCUUUUUGAAGAUGCCUUUGAUGGAAGGAAAGACUGGAAUGGACUCUCAGUUUGAUUCGUUUUCUUUGCAACAUCGGAGCAAUUCCUUGACAGAGUUUGUAGAAUUACAUGACGAACAUUUUGCAGAUUUUGAGAAUUUCUCAAAGUUUCAUUCUAUUCCAGAGAAGAGUAUUGGAAACUUAUUAUCUUCUGGUAAUUCUCUUAUGGAAUUUGAUGACUCUCAUGAAGUUGCUCGUGCCAUUGUUGAGUCGGAACGCAACAGUAUCGUUGACUGAGAUGAUAUUUGUGAGUUUUUAACAAGUUUUCUACUCGUAUCAUUGAUAUACAAACACUACUGCUUGUUUUGGUAGAUUGUCAUAAAUUUUUUUUGGAGACUGCAGUUUCUAAGUCGCUUGUAACCUUUUCUUGGUCUACCAAGUUGCCUAUUACUUUUGAUAUUCUUUUAAAUAUGUUGUGAUGAGACUGAUUUUGAGAUAUUCACCUUGGAUCUUAUAAAGCAGGCAAUACCAUCCUAUUAUCCACUUCCAAUAAUCUUAACUCUCCCUCUUCCAUGGAACUUUUGCUACAAUAAUCUCAGAUUGCACCUGUAAACGCGUGACAGUUUUAA